AUGAAGUUGCCGACGCGUUGCCUGUUUCUUUUCCUCCUCCUCUUCUGCGUUAUCCAUAACACUGCCGCGCGGGGAGGUGGAGGACGUGGCGGAAGAGGUCGGGGUCGGGGGCACAGCGGAUCCCGAGGGAGGGUACGCGCCAAGACGACCACGAACAGCGGUGUUCGCGGCAGCAGCUCCUACUCGGGAGGCGUCCGAUCCGGAUCUUCUGGCUUCAAAGUGUAAGUCUCUUGGGACACCCAGAAAGUGACGUCAUUCUCCGUUUUUCAGUGGCUCCGGCACUUCUACCACUUCAAAUUACGGUUCGAGUGCUUUCCGGAUGCAAACUUCAGUGUUCCACAAUCACGCAACGUCCCGUGGCGGCGGCCAUCCGUUCGUGAUCAUUGCUGCUGCAACUCCAAUCUUGUAAGUACAUACGCAUUCCCUACGUUUCGAAUAUUUUCUUUAACAGCUACGACAAUAGAAACUACUAUUGGACUUAUAACGACGCCAAGUUCAAUCGCACAAUCUCGCGAUCCAAUAUUAUUUGCGAAUAUGUUUUUGGGACAGACGAUGGAGAACUACAAAAUGUAAGUGAAUUGAAUCGAAAAAAAAACACGGAUUAUACUCUGAUCCCCUGGCCAGAAGCUAAACGGAUCUCAUUUCAGGUGACGUUUGCGAAUGGAACUCAGGCCAGGGCCUUUUACUUCGGCUGCGAAGGAAUGGUCGAUUGCUGCGGAAUGUACUGCUGUCACGACUUCCAUCAGUACUUUGAGCUGUAAGCCGCCUAUCUCCCUCUCCCUCUCUCUCUCUCUUUUGCCCGUAAUCCAACACGUAUUCAGACUCUUCCUCUUCGGAUUCUGCCUCAUCUUCUUAGGGAUAGCCUACUACGCAAAACGUCGCGAGCCAGUGCGAGACAAGAAGAGCGACACGGUCCCUUUGCGCGAGAAGUCGCCGAAACCGAGCACUGCGAAACCUGCUCCCAAAUCAGCGAAACCACCUCAAUCACAGAAACCUCUCACCAAUGCAACUCAGGCGAAACCUCCAACAAUCGGGUGGAAUUUGAACAAUUAG